AUGUUCGAAGACAGUUGGAGUAUUUUAAAUCUGUUAAUAGUCUUCACUGCAAUUUACUAUAAGAUUCAUACAAGAAUGAAUCUGAAAGAUGUAGAUGAAGUGGCUAGCUUAAAAUUCUGA